GGGGCUGCCUCCUCUUUCCUCUUCUCGUUGAGGUUUUUAUCUUAUAUGUCAAACAGUCGCACUAAUAGCUCUAUUGGUUUUGAAGACGGUUCAAAGAGGCUUGGAGAGCUUAAUCAAGGCUUGCAUUCUAGAAGCCGAGAAGAAAAGUUUAAAGCUCUUAUACAAUUUCCAAUUUUUUUUGAUAGAUACCCUUUUCCCACCACCGUUAAUACAGCCGUUAUUAGGCUAUCCGAGUUAUUUCGAGAGGGUGAUAAUGUUUUGCGUUUUUAUGUUUAUCAAGUCUUUAAGUUGACUCAGAGUCAUAUGGGUUGUCUUUAUGCUAUUAACGAUGUUGCAAGAAGAUUUAUAAUUGUCUCACACCAAAAUGACCCCAUCGCUCGUUCGUUGACACUUUACGUUUAUUCAGCUCUUUCACGAGUUCUAAGAAAUCAUAAGAAAAUACACCACAGUAUAUUAAACUCUCUUUACUCGCCUUACGAAGUCGAGGUAAAGGCAGCUGCUAUUGCCUUGAAGAGGCUUAGUUUUCACUCCCGAUCUUUUGCUGAAAGCGCUUUUCAUAAACUUACUUUGUUAAUAGAGGAUAAAGAAAUAUCUGAAGAAAUUAAGUUGAGCCUUCUUUCUGUCUUCGGACAAUUGCGUUACACGAUGGAGAUGAAUACUCAAUCCCGGCGAGUAUGCUUAAAACUUCUUCGCUCCUUUUCCGCCAAAAGCUUUGUGGUUGUCAUUCUCGACACUUUAACUACGCUUGCCUUGAGAUCGGGUUCACAUGUGAAGGACCAGGUUGCUCUCCUUUGCACGGCUUAUAUCAAGGAUCCGAGAGAAUCCGUUCGCAGAGUUUGUUUGAUCAACUUGUUGAAGCUUUCCAACGGCUACCCCGAACUUUUUGAAAGGGAGCACUUUGAGUGUCUCUAUUCCAUCGUCUCUUUGAGUCACCGUCCUCUUGCCUAUCAGAUUCUCUGCAAGAUUCACCGGAGCUCGGUGUCGAGCGUAGCAACCUUGCGUGAUUCUGCAUCAGGGCUCUGUUAUUCCCGCGCCAGAUGCUUUUCAGAGGCCACUGUUAUACUUAAAAACGAACGCGGUAAUCUUCUGCUCUUUGUUUCCUAUCUUGAGGUCUUGGCUGCCGUCUCGGCUUGCGACCCCGACUCUGCAGACUCUAAGGUUGUUUUUGAGUGGUGUAAGGCAGCAAUAUGUAUAUUAAAAGUUUGCAAACUUCGCAUCGACUUGCUAAGGCGUCUGUUAAAUUCUCUGUGUCAUAUUUUUCUGCUUUUUGUGUCCAUUCGUCCUUUUGUCUUGUUGGCCAUUGCGAACUUGUUAAUCCCGACAGAAAAAUCCUCUUUGUAUUUGCUAAAGUGGCUUCGUUACUGUCUUAAGCGUGCUCCCUCUGAAGUUCUUGCAGUGAAAGAUCGCCUUUGCGAGUUGCUGAGUUCCGAAGCGGCCAGCCGUAACGUCGACUUCUUCCUUCUGCUCUCGGACAUCUGCGCUCUUCUCUCUCGCUGGUCCCUAGCUCUGCAUUUCAGUCCGGAGAAUGCAGUUGCCUCACUUAAAGCGAGCAGUCAGUUUGAGGAUACUUGGUCCCUUUACCUCUUUGCGCGGAAUAUGCUUCGGGCGGGAUGUUUCCAAGUGGACGGAGUGCUUCAACAUCUACUCGAGAUGGCCUCGUCUCCGCACUACUACUACUGGUUUGCCUCUCUCCGGGACAUGUGCGCGGCAGAGACCCGCCUUGUGGCCAUUCUUGCCUCUUCUGCAUAUCGGGGGACCACUAAUUUCCGCAGUCUUUGCGAUCAGUGCUCGGCUUCCCUGUCACUUUACACGGAGGCCAUCAGCUCCCUCAAAGCCUCUCGACGGCUUCCAAACCAAUUUGCGUUUCAGUUAACCUUCAUGACUCUACGCGCGGAAUAUUUUAACAACUUUCUUGGACUCGUGGCGUUGUUGCAGUCUAGCAAAAACUGCUCGACGCUUCACUUCUCAGUGGAGUUGUUAGCGAAGAGCGAUUUGUUUGCCCAACUUGCAUCUUCUUAUCACACUUUACGCUUCUCUUUCUUUGAUAUCGAUGAAGAAUCCUUCACUACAAUUAAGAGUCUCCAGCACUACUGCAUAGUCCUAUGUAGAACAAUUUCGAGAUUGUUUUUUUCAGGAGAAGCCCGAGGCAAGUAUGCAGCACUCUGUUAUCUGCACGCAGAGAAAGAGUGUUCUGGUGAUCUUUGUAAAAAGGUUCUUCCCUCGUACUGCUACCACGCUUCGCGCAUGGACUCCAUAUGCAACGCCUUUAUUGCCAAAUUGACUGCUAUGCCUUCCGAGACUUCCCACGAAUGGCGGUGUACUUGUCUUUUAAAGCUCUGCUCUGCCUUGCUCUUGGCGCCCUUCCCCGUCCCCUCCUUUUUUUUCCGUUCGUGCAGGUUGUACGAUCUGAAGCUCACAACUACUCCCUAUAACAAACCCGACGAUCCUCUAGUAGUCGAAGAAGGCGUUCAACUUAUCGUUCAAGUUGAAGGCCUUCUGCAUAUCCUAGGGGAAUGCCCCCGGCGGUGUACGUGGGUCGAACUUGAUCUUUUUACAGUGAGUCACCCCCCUGCAGAGAAUAACCAGGAAAGCGGGAGGGAAUCGGAGCCUUACCAGCGUUGCCGCGUGAAGAUUAAAGACGGCUACUUCACCUCACGCUUUGCUAUUCUUUUCAAUGACGUUGGGAGGUAUGUAUGCCGGGUAGAGUCGAUGCUGGUCGACGCCGACAAUAAGCAGUGGAAGACCUCCGUGUAUAGCACUGUUUAUGUGGAGGUGAAGCGGUAACAAGCGCGGUUGAGUCUUUCGACCCACCCACUGAAGACAGCGUGGUCUUAGUGACGUCCAAAUGCUUUCUUUUGUGCUUUUCACAGAGUCACUUGCUAUUUUUAAAAAAUUCUUUUGACUCCACUUUCCCAUUAGGUUAAAAGUACGGGUUUUGUGUUUUGCGGAGUUUGUAAUAAA